UGCCACUCGCUCUGCGAGGAGGUGAAGGAGAGCUGCGCCCCGGUGAUGUCCGCCUUCGGCUUCCCCUGGCCCGACAUGCUGGACUGCAGCCGCUUCCCCAAGGACAACGACCUCUGCAUCCCGCUGGCCAGCAGCGACCACAUCCUCCCCGUCACCCGGGAAGCACCCAAGGUCUGCGAUGCCUGCAAAAACAAAAAUGAAGACGAUAAUGACAUCGUGGAAAACCUCUGCAAAAAUGACUUUGCCUUGAAGAUAAAAGUGAAGGAGAUUGCCUACAUCAAUGGGGAUACCAAGAUCACCCCCGAAACAAAGAGUAAAACCAUCUACAAGCUGAAUGGGCUGACGGAAAGGGAUCUGAGGAAGAUUGUGCUCUGGCUCAAAGGUGGCCUCCAGUGUACCUGCGAUGAGAUGAAUGACAUCAACGUCCCCUACUUGGUGAUGGGGCAAAAGCAAGCUGGGGAACUGGUGAUCACCUCGCUGAAGCGGUGGCAGAAAGGGCAGCGGGCUUUCAAGCGGUUCUCCCGCAGCAUCCGCAAACUGCAGUGUUAGUGGCUUCAGCUCUGGCCGCCUCCAGCAGCCGCCUCUGUCCCGAGCUCUCCGGGCCUCCCGCACCUUCUUGCUUCGGCCCCUCUGAGCCUCGAGAUGCCACGGGCAUGAGACAUGGUGACCGCUCUCCGGGAGGGGAGGGAGCCCUCCAUUUUUGUACAUAGGUUAAAAUGUAAUAAAAAAAAAAAUCAUGACUAUUUUUGGGAAGUAUUAAAGUAUCUUGCUUAAAGCUUUUUUUUUUUUUUAAUGGUUGCAAAUGUGACUUUGGUCUGAGGUUUUUCCCUCUUCAUUUUUGGUAAUGCUGGUUCAUUUAUAUUGCUGCUUCUCUGUAUACAUGCAUGUUUGUUGUGCAAAAGUAGGAGAUGCAGAGAAAGCCACAUGUGCAACUGGCCUGUCACAGUGGGUACGACUCUUUCACCGAGGUGAAAUGGCUUGCCAUCUAUAUUAACACUAUAAAGGUCAUGUACGACUCUUGCAUGUGAUACAUAGGCAUCAGUAAGAGUAUAUUAACCAUUCUCACAUUUUAUUUUCCACAAGUCUGAGCCCUUAUCUCUCAGAAAAAAAAUUAACAAGUUUUGCAGCUGGUUGAUCUGAAUGCAAUGGAUUUUUUUAUUAUUUUGCAAAUUAAACCAUCUGUAGCCUAACUGUAAUAUACCCAGUGGUUAACCUGAAAGAGUUGUAAAAUAUUGCUUUAAUUAACCUUGUAAAUACUCCAGAUAAAUGUUAUAUUCUUGUAUAUAAACUUUACAUCAUAGUUUA